AUGAUUUCUUUGGACACGAACAAUGGUAUUCUCGCGUCGACUUCUGGCAUUUCCCGCCUUCUGUUGCCCCUGCUGAUCAGCUUCAUCAGCUUCGCAGUAUAUCAGUUGCUAUACCACCCCCUGAGGAAAUUUCCUGGGCCACUGGCUGCUAAGCUCGCAAACGCCUAUGGAGCCGCGCAUGUCUGGCGCCGACGCCUCCACCUCGCAUCACUUGAGCUCCACGAAACGUACGAUAUAUACCUCAACCCACGAGUAACCAAGGGCAGAGAAUAUAUCCAACUACGCCAAGGUGGCCGGGGAGCCCCCAGCUUGCUCAACACGCUCGACAAAGAGGAUCACCGCAGGAAGAGGCGUGUCAUCGCCCCGGUCAUCUCAGAAGGCUCCAUGAGGGUCUUCGAGCCCCACAUGCAGCUGCAUAUUGAUUCCUUCCUCACUCAGCUGCUACGAUCCAGCCGCAAGCGAGACAUAAUCAAUAUGACGCCGCGGUGCGAGCGCUUGGGCCUCGACGUAGUAGGCGAGCUUGCCUUUGGGUACCCUCUCAACACCCAGACCGACCCAACUCACCGCGUCAUUAUGGAGCGUCUCAAGACUCGCAGCGACCGCAGUGCCUUGUAUUUCUUCUGGCCUCUGCUUCGCUUGCUUGAGUCGCUCUUCAACGUCGGCCGAGGCAGGCACAGCCUCAACGGUUUCUACGGCUCACUCAAGACCAUGAUCGCCACACGUAUGGCCUUUCCAAAAGAUGACAGGCACGACUUCUACUCACUUGCAUCACGAGAUAUUAGUCCCGGUGAACCGGGACUUAUAAGUAAGGAUCUUUGGGCCGAGGCUGUACUUUUCAUCGCCGCAGAUGGAAGUACCACCUCUACGGCCUUAAGCGGCAUGUUCUUCUACCUCUCCCGAAACCCAAAAGCCUACGCCCGCCUAGCGUCCGAGAUCAGGACCGCAUUCACCUCUGCUGGCGAGAUCCGCCAGGGCCUGCUGCUCAACAGCUGCACAUACCUGAGGUGCAAGACCGCAUCGGCCGCAGCGGGCGAGCCCUUCAUCGUCGACGGACACGUCAUCCCGCCGGGCACGCAGGUUGCCGUGAGCCAAUAUAGCCUACAACACAAUCCGAAAUACUUCCCCGACCCGUUCGAGUUCAGGCCGGAGCGCUGGUUGGCCCCUGAAUCUGAGGACGGUGUACCUAUUCCCGAGACGGCCGAGCAGCGAGAUGCGCGCACCGCCAUGAGGCGCGCUUUUAUGCCGUUCUCGAUCGGUGACCGCUCCUGUGCUGGCAAGUCGAUGGCCUACCUUGAGAUGAGGCUGACUAUUGCCAAAACAUUUUGGUACUUCGACUUUGAGAAGGCGCCUGGCGAGGCUGGUGAGCUGGGUGGGGGUUGGGCCGGCAGGACAGACAGCCGUGGCAGACGAGAUGAGUUCCAAUUGUACGAUAGCAUUGCUGUGGAUCACACAGGUCCUAAUGUGGUAUUCCUGCCGCGUGGUCGCUACUAUGAGGAACUUAGCUCUGAGAAGGUAUGGCAAAGCAUUUGA